CUCAGUAACGUCGAGGCGCGUUAACACGGCGAUCUCGCUUGUUGAUACGCGGCGAUAAAGUGAAUUUUCGUACGUACGUUGAACCGGGCUCUCAUUCUUAUAAGUACCGAGAGGUAGGACUGUUUACAUGCGAAUUAAUUACGAGCUGUCACCGAAUCCUUGUUUGCACAUAAGAAAACGUGACAAAGAAGAAAGUUGCUGAUUUUUUUCUCUUUCUUUACUUGAUUAUUCCCUGCAAACUAACACACCGGCGAAAAUUUAUAAAUUUACCUUUCAUUCAUGUACAUAACACGCGACUGACGCGUUGAAUCAGUCGUGUCCCAAACAAGAACGAGCUCGCGACAAGAAAUGACAGAACUCUUGUUGAUCUUGUGAUGAAUUGCCAAAGUGGUUGUGAUCUUGUUUCUUCGAUGACACCUUCUUCAUAGCACUUGUCGCAAAGAGUAUUUAAUAAUGGAAGAGAAUAUAAUCUGCAUGGAGGAAGAAUGUCUAAUCGAGAAGAGGAGGAUGACUAUUUUAAAGGAGUGUAAGGAGAUAUUGCAGGAAGAAAGAUCUGGCCGUUACAACAAGGAAGCUUUUAGAAGACUCUUCCAUGAUCAGGUGCUUCUUGGAAAAUUAUUUAUACUGUUUGAUCAAGAUUGUGACGGGUUACUGAAACAAGAUGAAUGGCUCGAAUUCCUCAAAGGAAGGCUAACAAAUGAGAAGCAAAAUGAUUUUAUCGAUCAGAUCGAAAGUGUCGCAUAUGUAUUAUGUGGGGAAAAUUCAGUAAAUUUCUUCAAUUUUCAACAGAUUUUUUAUACUAAAGGGAUCGUCGAUAAAUUAUAUCGGUUAAUUGAUUACGAGAACUCGGGAUAUGUAACAUUUACUCAAAUCAUGGAUAUGAUAUCUGGCGUGAGUAAUCCCAGACCACGUGCUGGCUUUGACAAAGGAAAUCUCGAAUGGCUGGAAAAGAUAUUUAAGCAAACUGUUGGAAACGAAGGGGAAAUAUGCCGUGAAGAAUUCAAGACUAUCGUCACUUCGAAGAACCCAUUCUUUACCGAGAGAGUCUUUCAAAUAUUUGACAAAGACAACUCCGGCACGAUAUCGCUUCAAGAAUUUCUAGACGCUAUGCAUCAAUUCGCUGGAAAAUCUCCGAACGAUAAGAUUAGGUUUCUCUUCAAAGUAUAUGAUAUCGAUGGUGAUGGAUUAAUACAACUUCGCGAGUUAGAACAUGUUAUGAGAGCCUGUAUGGAAGAAAAUGGAAUGAAAUUUAGUGACGAGCAAAUCGAAGAUUUAACACUUGCACUCUUUGAAGAUGCUGAUCAAGGCAAUAGAGGAGCAAUCACUUUUGAAGCUCUAAAAAAGCAAUUAAAGAAGCACGAGGGUCUGCUGGAAAAUCUCUCGAUUAGCAUAGAUCGAUGGUUGGUACCACCGCAACCAAAAUCAAAGAAAAAGUCUAUUUUGGAAACGUUUGUGUCUCUUCUUCCGUAUCAGCUCACAAAGCCGUACAUGAAGAAUAAUUACGUCUUUAUUGCCUUUAUUUCGAUGUUCAUGCUUAUCAACGUGGCUCUCUUCGUCUCACGCCUCUAUGAGUAUCGACAUGACAAUGGCUAUAUAAUGUUUGCUCGUGCCUGCGGGCAAUGUCUGAACUUUGAUUGCGCGUUCAUUCUGGUCUUGAUGCUGCGCCAGUGCAUCACGUUUUUGCGAACGCAUAGUUUCAAUUCACUAGUGCCCCUAGAUCAUCAUAUAUAUCUCCAUAAAAUGACGGGGAUAAUGAUCGGAAUUUUCAGCAUUGUACACACUCUGAUGCAUCUCAUUUAUUGUGGCACGGUAAUAAUAAAAGAUGAGAAAAUGAAUAGCGGAAACUACACCAUGUCCGAAUGGUUGUUAACGAGUCGACCUGGAUAUUUCGGUCUGGUGGCAGGUAGUGCGUAUCCGACCGGGGUAAUUCUGGUUAUUAUACUCGUCACUAUGCUCGUCUGUUCCAUGCCGUUUGUACGACGUGGUGGUUGCUUCGAGAUAUUUUAUUGGUCCCAUCUGCUGUUCAUACCAUUCUGGAUUCUAAUGAUCUUCCAUGGCCCUAAUUUCUGGAAGUGGUUUGUCGGCCCGGGUGUCGUAUACUUAGUGGAAAAGAUUCAUCGACUGGUGUGGCUGCGUUCUCAGCGUGGAAAGACAUACAUAAGUUCCGGCCUCCUUUUGCCUUCAAAGGUGACUCACCUGGUUAUUAAGAGACCGCCCAAUUUUCACUUUCAUCCCGGCGAUUAUGUAUUUGUUAAAAUCCCGGUGAUAGCAAGAUACGAGUGGCAUCCUUUUACCAUUAGCAGUGCUCCCGAGCAAGAAGAUUACAUGUGGCUGCACAUUCGUGCGGUAGGUGAGUGGACCAACAGUUUGUACUCGUACUUUGAGAAACAGCAAAUAAAACUUCACUGCGCCGAUAUUCUGCCCGCCGAGAACUGUGACGCUGCCAGUGCUCCCCGAAAGAAAUCUUUCCUCAGUGGCAAAAAGACACCACUUAUCGUAGCACAGAAAGCCUCAAUGGAAUCCAUACCUAAUACACACAGCCUGGACAAUCCCUCAUUCGUGUCUGACUUAUCGAAUACCGUGUCACCUUCGCAUGCAUCAUUUAAUAAUCAGUCUGCAUAUUUAAAAGCUACAGAACAUACGUCAGAAUUAAAUAAGGAAUGGACAGAUGUGUCUACGAGAAGAGAUAGGAGACUUCAUCAGUUAUUUGUUGGUAGCAAAAUGCCUCUUGAAAAAUCACGCUCGAUGCCCGAUAUGCAGAUCAAAAGCAAGAAGAAAGAACGACUCAGAGCACUUCGAGAUUACAUGAGAUCUGAAUCGGAGAAGAGUUUCGAUGAAUGUCAGAUGAGAUGCGCGCGAUUCAAGUCAUUGGGGCUAGCUUAUUUGAGUCCGCAAAACAAAUCAUUGGCACAAAGCUUCCGGUACAUGCGAACAAAACCGACUAUUAUCGCUUUCAAAACACCUAGUUUCGAAACAGACGAUUACGAGAUCGAUGUAUUGUCAAACAUGGCAUCAAAUGCAAAUGCGGAGGGGAAUGAAAUGACGCCGAUGACACCGACAGCAAUACAAGUUGCGGCGGAGGAAGGAAGAAUGAGACAAGGGUUUAGUGAAGCUGUAGGUAGUUCAGAUAGUUUAGAUUUGAAAUCCAAUUCUUCUCAACCGCCAAUAAAUUAUCCUGUAGGAAAACCACUGGAGAUCUUUUUAGACGGUCCUUACGGAGCACCGUCCAGUCACAUUUUCCGAGCGCAGCACGCUGUUCUGAUCGCCACAGGAAUCGGAGUCACCCCCUUCGCCUCUAUAUUGCAAUCGAUUAUGCAUCGAUAUUGGAAAGCGAGACACACCUGUCCAAAAUGUUCCUUCUCCUGGGCCAGUGAAAUUCCGCCUACUGUAAUGAAUUUACGAAAGGUGGACUUCUUUUGGAUUAACCGCAAUCAACGCUCAUUUGAGUGGUUCGUAAACUUACUGUCUCAACUCGAGAUAGAACAGGCUGAGUUAGGUAUCACUAUGGAACGUUUCCUGGAGAUGCAUAUGUACAUCACAAGCGCGUUGCAAAAGAGCGAUAUGAAGGCAGUUGGCUUGCAAUUAGCGCUGGAUCUUCUGCAUGAAAAGGAAAAACGAGAUCUCAUCACAGGAUUAAAAACCAGAACGAAUGCGGGUCGUCCCAAUUGGGACAAAGUAUUCAAACAGCUCCAGGAUAAGAAGAAAGGAAAAAUUACAGUUUUUUAUUGCGGACCACCACAACUCGCUAAGAUUCUUCGAUACAAAUGCGAUCAAUUCGGAUUCUGCUUUAGAAAGGAAUCCUUCUGA